UUACGCGUGCGCAACUUCAAGCAAAGUCUUGAAUGUGAACUGAAUUGCGAUAAACAAAAAAAACUAAAGAUGUGACGCUUAUCCUGAAAAAAAUCCUAAUCGCAAUUAUCGGAAAGGGCGCAGAUAUUUUUAAAAAUCAUUUUUAUAAUUGCCGCGAUUGGAAUCGAAAAAUAUAAGAGCGCUAUUGGAGGUAAUUGAUUCAGAAAACAUUGACAUGGUUGGUAUGGACUCAAACAAUGGAUCAAUACACUCUGUUUCCAAGUGUUAAAUAACAAAACUCUUAAUAAUUGAUAAGGAUCAAAGAUUCCAAGAUGGAGAAGGAAGGAAAGUUGUCAAAAAAACGUGCCAAGGCACUGACGAUAUCCGAAAGUGGUACCCAGUGUGUGCAAGUCGUGGUCCGAUGUCGGCCGAUGGAUGCCAAGGAGACGUCACGUCAGUAUUCGAGGGUCGUGGAAGUCGCGCCUUCGCGGGGGGUCGUGGAGAUCAAGAACCCGAGGGAAGAUCCGUCGAAGGACAACUUGAAAAUAUUCACAUUCGAUGCAGUGUACGAUUGGCACUCGAGUCAGCAGGACAUUUAUGAAGAAACCGUCAGGCCGCUGGUCUCCUCAGUCCUUGACGGGUUCAACGGGACGAUAUUCGCGUACGGCCAGACGGGAACUGGGAAGACCUACACCAUGGAAGGCUCGAAGAACGACUACGACCGUCGAGGAAUUAUUCCAAGGUCAUUUGAGCAUAUAUUCAAUCAUAUAGGACGCACGGAGAACAUGCAGUACCUGGUGCGCGCCAGUUACCUCGAGAUCUACCAGGAAGAGAUACGGGAUUUGCUGCAUGCUGAUCAGUCCUUGCGAUUUGAGCUCAAGGAGAAGCCGGAGAGCGGAGUCUUUGUCAAGGAUUUGUCGACGGUGGUCUGCAAAAGUGCUCAGGAGAUUCAGCAGCUGAUGAACAAAGGGAACCUCAACCGGACGAUAGGAGCUACGAAUAUGAACGAGCAUAGUUCUAGGUCGCAUGCGAUAUUUCUGAUUACUAUUGAGAUGGAAUCGCUGGUGGGCGACAGUCGGGGAAUUCGUGUUGGUCGGCUGAACCUGGUUGACCUGGCUGGCAGUGAAAGGCAGAGUAAAACGGGUUCCUGCGGUGACAGACUCAAGGAAGCGAGCAAAAUAAACCUGAGUCUUUCAGCUCUGGGUAAUGUCAUCUCAGCGCUAGUUGAUGGGAAGACAACGCAUGUUCCUUACCGUGACUCAAAGCUGACUCGGCUGCUUCAAGAUUCCCUGGGUGGUAACUCCAAGACUAUUAUGGUGGCUAACAUUGGACCUGCUUCUUAUAAUUAUGAUGAGACGCUGACGACACUGAGGUAUGCAAAUCGUGCUAAGAAUAUUAAGAAUAAACCGAGGAUCAAUGAAGAUCCUAAGGAUGCCCUGCUGAGACAGUAUCAGGAAGAGAUCAGCAGAUUGAAGGAACGACUAGCGCUCAAGGGACCGGUUGCUAAAAAGAAGAAGAAGACUAAGAAACGUGUAGAUAAAAGUGAUAAGGACGAAGAUGACACGGAGUCGGAAAUGGAGGACAGUCGGGAAGACAACCGGGUUACGGAGGCUGAGAAGAAACUUAUUGCCGAGCAGCUGCGGACUGAGAAACAAGAAACUGAACAGCUGGUGAUGAGGAUCAAGGAGCUGGAGAGCAAGAUGUUGUGUGGGGGUAAAAAUAUUGUUGAUCAUACAAACGAGCAGCAGCGGGCACUGGAGCAAAGGUCUGCAGAGAUCGCCGAGAGGAAGAAGCGCGAAGUUGAGAUGCAGCAGAAGCUAGAGGAUGAGGAAUCAACUUUCCUGGGAGUCAGAGACACUUAUGCUAAUUUGCAACAGGAGGUAGAUGUCAAGUCCAAGAAGCUGAGGAAGUGUUUUGCUAAACUGCAAGCUCUGAAGCAGGAGUUGGAAGACAUCAAUGGCGAGUACAACCGGGACAGGCGUGAACUGGAGGAGACCCAGCAUGACCUGAUGAAGGAGUUGAAGCUCAAGUACUUGAUCAUCGAUAACUUCAUUCCUGUGGAAGAGAAGCACAAGAUCCUAUCCAGGGUACGGUUUGACGAGGAUGAGGACACUUGGGUCAUCAAGGAACCCAGUGUCUCUAGUGUCGAAGUGAUCCAGCGACCCACUGCGACUCCUGGUGCCAGAAGACCUACUACUGAGUACGCAAAGAUUGCUCUGGCCAUGGGACGUGGCUACAGGUACGCUGGCGAGAACAUCCUCAACCUGGAACUCGACAUGCCUUCGCGUACGACCUUGGACUACCAAGGGCCCGCCAUCGCCCCGACCAUUCAAGCUGUCCUCGAAGAAGCGCUCCGUGACGAAGGUGACAUCGACGUCGACGCAUCGAAUGUCAGGCUCAGGACACCCAAACCCAGGAUCCCAUCUGCCAAGACGCGGCCUCGGAGUGUUGGUAAGAUCCCGCAGAUGCAAAUUCCCGCUCCAGUUUACCCUAAGACCCGGGGACUUGUUCCUAAAUAGGCUUGUUUUAUAUUUAUAUGUUAUAUAUAAUGACUUAUAUGUCUACGCUAUUUUUCUCGCUGGCUUCAGUCGAUUUCACGUCUGCUUAUCCUAAGAAAUCAAUGGAAACUUAUUGAUUUUGAGGAUUUUUUUAUUUUUUAUAAAAUUCAUAAUUGUACAGCAGUAAUUAAAAAUAAAAUUAUCAGGCCGUUUAAUCAAUAAUAAAUACUAUUAUUAAUUAAACGCCCUGAUAUUUUUUUUUCAAUCAGAGAACGGUCAAUAGUUUCAAUUAAUUUCUUUUACAGCGGAUUAGGUAUUUUUAUCAAAGUAUUUUGUAAUUAUACAAGAGUGGACUCCAGAGUCAUCUCGAGUCGACUUUUGUAUAAAAGCCGUAUUUAUAAUUUAAUUGUCUUACUAAAACUAAAUGACUAAGGAUGAGAUAAUGAACGUGUACUUGUCUGAAAUAAAACUAGACUGAAUAAUCUAGUCAUAAAUGUGCAAUUUAAACACUUAAAU